UGCGUGACAUUUGUGUGUUCUGUAAUGUGUAAUAAUAAUUGAUAACGAUUUUGUUUCUCAUCUAUUAUCUUGAAAGAUAGAACUGCCAAAACCCGCAGCCUUUCUUAGUCUUCUAUAAGAGAAAAGGCUUAGGGUCUUCUUCAUUCUCUUUGAGGAACCACGUGUUGACAUGUUUUGAUAGUUGCCAAUCAUUUGGGUAGCCUGAUUUAGUCUAAUCCUGGAGACUGGAGACUGUCCAGUAGUGGACUUGUUCUGAAAAGUAAAGACAGUUAAGUCGACAAAAAGAGAUUGAAAGAAGAGAUCUUGAAUUUGAUAUUGAAGAUGUCUGAUGAGGAAGAUAGUACACUGCAACACACGCUUCUCAAAGUCUUCAAACAUAAGGAUUUCAGAUCUUCAACUCAAGAGAAUGCUGUAAAGGCCAUUGUUAGAGGUGAACAUGAUGUGUACGUUUCAAUGCCAACAGGGGCAGGUAAGUCUCUCUGCUAUCAGCUUCCAGCAGUUUUAGCUAGAGGAAUCACCCUCGUUGUUUCUCCUCUGAUUGCGUUGAUGCAAGAUCAGUUGGAUCACCUGGAACAGCUAAACAUCCGAGCUGACACCAUCAAUUCAAAGUUGACGGCCAAAGAGCGCAAACGAAUUGUCGCGGAUUUGUUGUCCAAGCAGCCGAGAAUAAAACUGCUGUAUAUCACACCUGAACAGGCAGCUACUGACAGUUUUCGUGGAUUGGUGGACUCUCUUUUUUCCAGAGACUUAAUUUCUUAUUUUGUUGUUGAUGAGGCACAUUGUGUGUCCCAGUGGGGCCAUGACUUUCGACCAGACUACCUCAAGCUUGGAGAAUUUCGGAAGAAGAUUCCAGGGGUUCCUUGCAUAGCUCUCACUGCCACAGCUACUUCACAAGUGGUCACUGACAUUAUAAAACAACUUGAUUUACGAAAACAGCUACUGCGCUUCAAGAUCAGCAGUUUCAGGAAGAAUCUUUUCUAUGAGGUGUGUUUAAAAGAAUUCCUACCAGACCCGUACACGGACCUCCUCAAGUUUGCUCGCAGGUGCCUGGGUGGUGAACUUACUGAUGGGGAGACCUGGAAUGACAGGGGCUGUGGCAUUGUCUACUGCCGUACACGUGACGGCUGUGAGGAGAUUGCUUGUCAGCUAACCAGAAAGGGAUUACCGACUCAGGCUUACCAUGCAGGACUAAAGACAGAUGUCCGGGAGCAGACCCAGACUGACUGGAUGGAAGGACGUGUGCCUGUCAUCGCAGCGACAAUCAGUUUUGGCAUGGGAGUUGACAAAGCUAAUGUCAGAUUUGUGGCUCACUGGACUAUGCCCAAGUCAAUGGCAGGCUACUACCAGGAGUCGGGCAGAGCGGGGAGAGACAAUUGUCCCUCAUGGUGUCGACUGUACUACUCCCACAGGGAGAAGGAAACUGUGGCUUUCCUCAUUGCUACAGAGAACAACAAACCCAAGAAAAAUUUGCAGUUGGCAAAAUUACAAGCCAAAGCUGCUGAGGACAGUUUCAGCGCUCUGCUCAAGUUUUGUGAAACUCCGAAAUGUCGCCAUUGGUCUUUGUCCGAGUACUUUGGUGAUGAGAAGCCAGAUUGUGAGCGUGCCUGUGAUGUGUGUCGGGAUCCUAAAAAGGUGGAAAUAGACCUCUUGAACAUGCAGCGUGGUGCAAUCAACACUCGCAUGAAGUCGGGAGUUGGCGGAGCCAUGAUGGUGAUGAAUGAAGAGGAGGAGCGCAACAUGUAUGGGGGCGGGCGGCGCGGAGCUAAGAAAGAUACAGACGAUUAUGACCGUGGUGCUGGCAGCAGUGAUGAGGGGGGAGAGUACCACAAGGAGAGGGAGGAGGCCUCGCGACAAAAGAAGGAGAGGACAAGUCUGAUCAUGAAGGAAUUCAAAAAGAGAAAAGGAGGGAAGGUUUCUAACAAUAACGAGGAGGAAGAUGAAGAAGAAGAAAUGCCGUCUCCUUUCUGCCCUCUGAGGGACCCACAGAAUAAAAGAGUGCCUAAACUUUUGAUAAAGACGAGAGAGCAUUGUUUUGAAAUGAUUGAGAAAGCUUUUUAUGGAAACUUUGUCGCUGCCUUUUCUGAAGAUUCAGAACUAGUAAAGCGCCGUGACUAUGAGCCUCGUACAUGUGCCAUAGAUGCCGAGUACACUGCCUUCCAGUCUGCCAAAUCGGCCGUGUUAUAUAAAUCUACAGUCAUGAAACUCGUUGGAGAGGCUCGCAAACUUACCCUCACCAACAAACCAUUAGACUGUUUCACUCAGUCUGAAUCCAAAGCCGAUUCAGAUAUGUCGAUCUCGGAGGACGAGGACUCCUGUGCUGCUCCCGUUGUUUGUGGUGGCGAUGACUUCAAUGACACUGGUUUUUCUGAGCCUCAUGUCGGGUUUCAGCGGGCUAGCGAUGUGCUGCUCUCCCGGUCUGGACCCUCCGUCUCCGAUGUUGGGAAUAUUCCUCUUCCCCCUGUUACUGCCCCUCCUCCUCCAGCAUCUUCAUCAGUAUUUCAAACUGCUGCUACUUUGCUCAGAGAACUCGAAAAAGCUAAUAAGGCCAGAGUUUUUGAAGGCUCGAAGAGUCAAGGUGAAAGUAACUCACGAUCAGGUUUCGGCUCCAAGACCAGUGGGGCAAGUGUUAAGUCGGCUGGUAGAGAAAAACCUGUCAGACAAAAAGAAGUAAAUGGAGCUCCUGACAAUUCUUCUGACCUCGUCAUUGACCUCACGGAUGAGAGCACUAGUGAGGACAGAGACUCGAACAAAAAACAAUCUGACUCGAGGUCAGGGGGCUCUACUGGAAAGGCAGGUGCAAGUUCUGCACCAAAGAUUGUCUAUUUCUUUGAGAGAAAAAAUGCAGAGGAAAAGGAGGAGCCUGAAAAUCAAGGAGUUGCAAGUGAUGUGAAAGAAUUACUCGAUGGCCUUUUUGGUGCAUCGCCUAGUACGAAAGACAAACAAAAUUCUGGCGAUAAGAGUAAUGACAGACACAAAGUGAAGUCAAAGACAGUUAGUUCUUCUAAAGAGGAAAGUAAACUUUCUCAAAAACCUGCUGAGAGGGUGAGAAAGGAGCCCAGUAAGCAACCGUCUUCAAAGACUGCUUCCAGUGACAGCAAGAAGAGAAAAAUAUCAGCCGAGCAACUGGCAAUGCAGAGCACUCUCGAUGCCUACCUCCAGCCUGUUGAAGAGAAACCGACCAAACGACCUCGGUCUGACGGAGAUCAGAACAGGACUGUGGGCCCAGCUCCUGACGGCGACAGCAACAAAGUGAAACAGAGCUCACAUAAAGGCCAGGUGAAGUAUUUCUCUGAUCAUUCUUCUUGUGAAAAAAGUUUUGGUCUUUUUUGUUGUCUUCUCCUUUCUCUACUGCAAGUGGUUGGUGGGUGCUCUGGUAGGAUCUGUUUGUUCUUCUUUUAAAAACUACACUGGUCCUCUUGUGUUCCUAGUGAAAUGAGGUCACGAUUACAAUUGAAAAUAUUCAAGGAGACCAAGAAUGGUCGAGGAGAAAAAUGGUUAUCUUACUUAGUAA